UGGUGCUGGUCACCCACCCCCUCGUGUGCCGUUCCGGCCUUCAUAGAUGCUCGCUAACAGCACUUUCCCCAUAAGUCUGUUGAGACUAUAAGGGGGAUAUAUGUCUUUGUUGCGUGUCCAAAGUACUCCCAUCAACGUAACUCUAUUAAUGUUGGGCUCUUUUGUUAAUCCACUGCUGGACGAAGGCCUGCCUACGCAAAAAAAAUAAUUGCAGGAAGAAAAAAAACAACCUUAAAAAAGUGAAGCGACUAUGAAAGGCUAACGAGAGCGGAGAGACGCACGCCUGGAAUUGCAAUGAGAAUCAUGCGCAGAUAAAUGACAUCAUUCCAACUGUUAAGCAAAGAGAGUGUGGGCUGCUUGGACGGUGUCACGGCUGGAUGGGUCGAUGGGGCGAUGGUCAACAAUAAUAGCGGAGUGGCAGGCAGCCAAGGAAUGAAACGUAUCCACCACUGCACGGACAAAGACCCCCCCGGAUAGCCUUUGGCAGACCGUUGGGGCAAAUGCUGUUCGCGAUAACGUACGAAGGUUUGCAUGGGCACGGCACGCGAGGCGGUGGAGAGGGUCCCCUUCAGCAGCAGCAGGAGGAGGAGGAUGAGGGGGGGUCUGGGCGUGGGGUCCCCGCGUGGGGCUGGGACCCCUACCGCGUGUGCCUGCACCUCCUGGCCGCGCCGCGCGACGUUCCGCGCCUCCAGGCGGCCGUCAACGCAGCCGCGGAGCUCCUGUGCCCGGGGCUGCGGCCCUUCUGCGUGUCCCCUCGGGCCCACCCCACCGUGCCCACUCCUCGGGCCCCCCCCGCCUCGCCCCGGCCCCGUCUCCUGGUGGAGCUGACGGCGGUGGAGGAAGCUGAUGUGGAGGCCCUGAUGGAGCUGUUCUCGCGGCCUCCCUGGAGGCCCGUGGCCCAGCUCGAUCUGCGGCAUCGGUGCCAGCAGCAGCAGCAGCAUCUCCGCCAUCAGCAGCAGCAGCAUCUGUUGCAUCGGCGCAGUCUGUUCAGUGAUCAGCAGGAACUCGACAACUAUGAUUUCAAACAACAGACGCAGAAUUAUCGUUUCCAUCAACAGCAGCACAAUUUGCACCAGCAACACGAUCAACAUCUUGCUGCUGUUGAUGAUGAUGGUGAUCAGCAGCAGCUCGCUGGAUUGUCUCGCCGCUGCCGCUGCCCCUACCGCUGCCGUUUCUUCUCGCUCGGGGAUCUCGACUCCCCCGCCUGGGUCAUCCGAGUGCCAUGCCGGUGCGCGGCAGCCAAGCAAGACCCGAGCCUCCACCGCCACCCGCACCACCACCACCACCAACAACAACACCACCACCAACAAGACCACCACCACCAUCUCGAGCAGCAGCAGCCGACGGCUGUACUGCUCUACGUCCUCCCGUGCGGCCCCGGCGAGCUGGGCCCUCUCGCUCGCUUCUACGGCCUCCUCCUGGGCGGUGGCAGCGCGGCCCUGCAGAACCCCGGCUGCUGCUGGAGCCGCGAGCUGAGCGCCGGCCCUGCGCUGCGAGUGCAGCUAUCGCUGCGUGCCGACGAGGCCAUGCCGGCCGGGCCGCCAACGCCCGCGCCGUGCGCCCACCUGGAGGUGAGGGUGCCCGCCUUGGCGGCAUUGCCCUGCCAGCGCCGCGCGCGUCUCCUGCGGCUGAGUGGCGUGCGCUGGCAGGCGGAGGACCCGAGCGGGCGCACGCUUCUACUGCUGCUGCAGAACGCGUUCGUCACGCCGCCUCUCCAGACACGCCGCUCGCUCCCUCGCGGGGUCUCCCGCGAUGACAUCACCUCCGCGAGGGGGACUCCAUCCUCGGCGCAAAGCUCCGCCUCCAGCCCCAGUCCCAGCCCGACACCGCGCCGCCUCGACGGCGACCACGCCGGCGGUCCUCGCCGCCGUUACCACGGCGACAGAGGGGGACACAACGAGGGGCUCCCGAUUGGAAUGGGGAGCGCCAUGGCGAUGCCGGGCGGCGCCAACCUCGGCGCCAAACUCGGCGCCACCACCCUGCUGCGCUUCCGGCCCGCUGAGGCCCACGAUGGUCGGGGCGGAGUGGCGGAGCGGGGCCUGGCCGGGCGGCCGCAUGGACGCCACAUGCCUGCAUCGAACCCGCGCCACCCCUGCCACCCGUUACACCUAUCCCACCCGCACCACCUGUCUCACCCAUCCUACCCGCACCACCCGUCCCACCCAUCCCAUCCAUCCCACGCAUCCCACCCGCACCACCCAUCCCACCCUUGUCACCCGCGCGUCGCGAGCCGUGCCGAGUUGCUGUCCACCACCGCCGAGCCCCUCAACGAGAGCGAAGCGGGCGAGCAGGAGUUCUUUAUCUGAAUGGAGAUGAAGGGGCACCGCGGGAGGGAACUCUCGCAGUUAUUAAGACCGUGGGGGGCUGCGGUCAAAGCCUCCCCCCGCCACAGUCGUCCUUCACUCGGUGGGAGGUCGCUUUUUCUCUGCUGCUGCUGCUGGCAGAGUUCAUGCUGGAUGCUCAUUGAGCCAGACUGGUGCAUCUUUAGGGUUCUUAAGGUUCAGUGUGAUUAUCUUGAGCUCAUAGAGUCAGGCAUAUUUAGGGCAAACGGCUGGAUGUUAAUACAUGAGGCUCAGAGAGCCUCACUAAAGUUGCCUUUUAUAAUUCGUACGAUUCUAGUGGUAAUGCGUGAAUCUCAGACGAAGGCACCACGAUCGGAAGGUAGUUGAUUCCUCCAUGCACAGAGCUUUAAUGUGUGCGUCUUCAGCAUAAGAAUCAACUCGCACCGACAAAUGUUGCAUAUAAAAUGUAUAAUCGCUCUUUAAUCGACUGAAAACACCUAAAUAUAUAGAGGACUGCAGAGCUUGGACAAUUGUUGAUAUUGCUGGCUUAUGGCCUGGCUACUGCCUUCGUUAAAGAUGAUAUUCACUUUUGCCUGAUGGGAAACGGGAGUGCCCGGAGAAAACACACACUUACAAUGGGGAAGUCUUAAUAAACCCGUAGCUGGCCAGAAACCUGCUUACUUUACUCACCGACGCCAUCUCGAUGUCUUACUAAACUUUUUAUUUUACCAGGUAAAGCCAACUGAGCUAUGUAGCUCUUUCUCAGAAGCGACCUGGUCACAAAUGAUAGCUCAACGAAGUGGCAUAUCAUCACGUUGAAAAUUUAUAGCAG